CGUCGUAGUUCAUUUCCCCUGAUUUGGCACCUGAACAUACUAGUACCUUAAAAACACCAAACGCAAAGUCAAGAACUGCCCUUCGCUUUUUCCUGUCUUGUCUGGAGUUGAUCCAUCUUUGCAAUGUUGUCUGUUGGUGGUAAACUAUGCACUAGUGAGGCUUCGAAUCACAAAGAGGAAACCUGCAAUUCAUACCACGCCGUCUGUCAACUUAUCGAGAAGUGUUGCUCGAAAGGGGGUCAACGUCUACUGUGGGAUGCCGGCGAAAGGCAACAUGACACUAUCCGGCAGGUAUCUCCUAAAAUGGCUGCAAGCAAGAACAGGCACAAAACUAUCGUACUCUUUGGGGAGACGGGAGCAGGCAAAAGCUCACUCGUCAACCUCAUGGCGGGAGAGGAGGUAGCACGUACAUCUCCUGACACGCAAUGUCGUACAAUGCAGUGGAAAGAGUAUACCAUCGACUUCGAUGGUGACUCGUAUACGGUUUUCGAAACCAUCGGGCUCGACGAAUCGCAGCUGGAAAUCAAAGCGUACCUCGAAUCUGUCGAAAACGCCUAUAAGCUCGUCAGGGAAUUGGAUAGGCGAGGCGGCAUUGACCUGCUUCUAUUCUGCGUUCGCGCCGGCAAAAUCACUACUACGCUUCAAGGCAAUUAUUGGCUCUUUCACGAAUUCCUCUGCAAGAAGAAGGUUCCCAUUGUUCUCGCCGUCACAAGCCUUGAAAGAGAACAAAGGAUGGAGGACUGGUGGGAGAGAAACGAGGGCACCUUCAACAAGUAUCAAAUAAAGGUCGCCGGUCAUGCGUGCAUCACCGCUGCCAAUAGAUCGGACGACAGACACAAAGGCCUUUAUGAAGAAUCGCGCAUCACGAUCCGCAACCUUGUCAAGAAUUUUACGGCUGACGGGCAGAAGCAGGCAUGUAUGAGAGGGCACAGCCUGCUCGUGUGGUUGAUGCGCAAGCUAAAGGGGUUACUUAUAGGGAGUUCGAGUGUGAGAAGGAAGGAUCUUAUCCCUCAUCUCACGAAGCGUUGUGGCAUGUCUCCAGAGGUCGCAAAACAGUUGAUUGAUAUGAUCAAGCCAAACGUAGUUUGACCUCCCAUUGAACUUGUACCUCAUUCGAUUAUAGACUGUCGUUGUCGGUAAUACGGCCUUACCUUGAGGGUCUCCGUGUAAGUAGACAAACGCGAAUUUGAUGUAAAUUACAUGUAAAUUACAUG